UUCCCGCUGUCCGGGUAACGCCGGCCGGUCCCCACGGCAACGCCGCCGGCCAUGGCGGGGCGCGGCGCGGCUGGCCCGGGGCGAGGAAUAUGGUUUUUCUAAAGAACCAGCGCACAAGAAGAAUUAUCAGCAUGUGGAAGGUGCUGAGGUUUCUGGCCAAUCACAGAGCCUUCAUGAUCUUACAGAAAAGACUGAAUCUGAGAAAGGGAAAAGUUCUUCAGCAGGACCCACUGGCCAUAGGUUAAAACCAUAUAUGAAGUGGAAGAGCAGUGGGCUUUCUGCUUCCCAAAGUAGUGACAAGAUUCCAAAAAAAGACUAUGAAGAAGGGAAAAGUAGAGCUGUACCUCUGACUACAAAAAAGAAAGCCAGUGGCAAAUCUAAAACAGUUAAAAUUCAAGAAACUUCAAAAGGUAAAGCAUCAAUCAGCCUUGAAGAUGAUGGUGAAAGUUCCUCAGAGACUGAAGAAGAUGAACAGCCUGUACGUCGUCAGGAAGGAAGCACCGAUUUGUCAGCAGAAUACUGGGGAAUUCAAAAACUUACAAAAUAUGUGAAAGGAGGUGAUCCAACAGCCACUGUAAUUGCACUGUGUUCAAUGAGGGAUUUCAAUUUGUCUGAAGAAACGUGUCAGCUGGCCAUCAAAGACACUGGAUGUCUUGAAGUGUUAAUUAAUUUACUUGAUACAGAAGAAAUUAAAUGUCAGACUGGUUCAUUAAAAAUCCUGAAGGAAAUUAGUCAAAAUAUAUUGAUCAGACAUGCAAUUGCAGAUCUUGGAGGCUUAGAGAUCAUGGUGAAAAUACUGGACUCUCCAGAUACCGAUCUAAAGUGUUUAGCAGCUGAAACAAUUGCCAAUGUUGCUAGAUUUAAACGAGCACGAAAGACAGUAAGGAAAUAUGGAGGAAUCAAGAGAUUGGUUGAGCUGUUGGAAUCUAUUUCGGUGAGAUCAUCAUACCAAGCCAAAGACACUGAAACAGUGCGCUGUGCAGCUUUGGCACUCUGGAGCUGCAGCAAAAGCACCAAAAACAAGAAAGCAAUCCGUAAAGCUGGUGGCAUUCCAUUACUAGCUAGAUGGCUCAAAUGCUCACACGCAAACAUCUUAAUCCCAAUAGUGGGGACACUACAAGAAUGUGCCUCAGAGCCAAGUUACAGACUUGCAAUAAGAACAGAAGGCAUGGUUGAGAACCUAGUGAAAAAUCUGAGUAGUGAACAUGAGGAGCUCCAGAUGCAUUGUGCAAGUGCCAUAUUUAAGUGUGCAGAAGAUGAAGAAAUACGUGACCUGGUUAGAAAACAUGAAGGUCUACAACCACUAUCUGCUCUGCUUGAUAAAAGUGAAAACAAACAACUUUUGGCAGCUGUGACAGGAGCAAUCUGGAAAUGUGCAAUCAGUAGAGAAAAUGUGUUAAAAUUUCAGGAAUAUAAAACCAUAGAAACUUUGGUAACAUUGCUUACUGAUCAGCCUGAAGAGGUCCUUAUAAAUGUCAUUGGAGCACUGGGAGAAUGUUGCCAAGAGGAAGAAAAUCGAGGCACCAUCCGCAGAUGUGGUGGAAUUGCACCUAUAGUGAAGUUACUGACUGCAACUAAUCAGGCCCUGCUUGUGAAUGUCAACAAAGCAGUGGCAGGUUGUGCAAUGGAACCUGAAAAUAUGUCGAUAAUUGACAGUCUUGAUGGAGUCCGCUUGCUAUGGUCAUUGUUGAAAAAUCCUAACCCAGAUGUUCAAGCAAGUGCAGCUUGGGCUCUUUGUCCUUGUGUUGAAAAUGCUAAGAAUUCUGGGGAAAUGGUUCGAUCAUUUGUUGGCGGCCUGGAACUGAUAGUCAAUUUGCUAAAAUCAAAGGAUAAAGAAGUUUUAACAAGUGUAUGUGCAGCCAUUGCAAAUAUAGCUAAAGAUCAAGAAAACUUAGCUGUUAUGACAGAUCAUGGAGUUGUCCCUCUGUUGUCCAAGCUAGCAAACACAAACAAUAACAUGUUAAGACGUCACUUAGCAGAGGCCAUUGCCCACUGUUGCAUGUGGGGCAGCAACAGAGUUGCCUUUGGAGAGGCCAAGGCUGUGGCUCCUUUAGCACGUUACUUGAAGGCAAAGGAUCCAUUAGUUCAUAGAGCUACAGCUCUGGCUUUAUAUCAACUUUCAGAGGAUCCCAACAACUGUGUCAUCAUGCAUGAAAAUGGAGUGGUGAAGCUCCUACUGGCCAUGGUAGGCUCUACAGAUGACACUCUGCAGGAGGCAGCAGCUGGUUGCAUAGCAAACAUUCGCAGAUUGGCUCUGGCAACAGAAAAAGCAAAAUAUGGCUGAUGCUUCAGCAGCUUUUACCAACACACUUGUUUAGCAAUUCAGCUACAUUUAAAUACACAACUACUCCUUCUAGCAUCUGUAUUUCAUAGCAGAGCUCAUCUAUUUGAAGAUAAUUUAAUAAAAACAAAUCUGUGGAAACUUAUGUUUGAUUUUACAUUACUGGUUUGUCACUCCUAGGUUUGAUAAAACACUCACACAUAAUUUUGUGUGUCUUUUAGCAUUACAUCCAUCCAAAGACCAUCAGUUAAGAUAUGUCGAAGACAUUUUCUACAAUUGAUAUGCUUUUAUUUUAAUUCAUUGUAGCUAUACAUGGUUUUGCUUAUCUGUGACAUUACAAUAAAUUUUG